AGUAAUAAUAAGAUAAAAGGAAAAAAAAAUAAAAUCUGCGGCGUCUUGUUCAUGUUAACCUACUCCAUUCAAUCGAAUCGGGCUACAACAUACAGUAUAAUCGUCUUCUGCUCUCAUUCUACCUCGCGGGUAUCAAUUUCUUGCAACAGGUAGACCCAGUUCGCAACUUUCUCUUGAUGGGCUUUUUAUCAAACAGAGGAAACGGCUUUUGAAGAUUAUCCUUGUUAUGGUUGCAGGGGCACAUGUUGUCUUCUGCUGCGUUCUUGGUUGGAAUGUUGCAAUAAGGUGUAGAUUAUACACAUUGAGAUUUCUGUCGUAUUUCGAAGACUGGCGGACUUGCAAGAAAUACUGGGUUGAGGCACAAAGAAGGACGAUAUGGCUAGUCACGCAGUGUCGUGUGCGGAGAGGGCGACGAGUGACCUGUUGAUCAGCCCCGAUUGGGCUAUCAACAUGGAACUAUGCGACAUCAUUAGCAUGGAUCCUGGGCAAACGAAGGACGUGAUGCAAGUACUCAAGAAGCAGCUGGGUAGUAGAAAUCCAGAAGUUCAGCUGUUGGCGCUUGUUGUGUUGGAGACUCUGAGCAAAAACUGUGGAGACAGUGUUUUUCAGCAGAUGAUCGCUUGUGAUGUCUUGAAUGAAACGGUCAAAGUAGUAAAGAAAAAGCCAGAUUUGCGUGUACGUGAAAAGAUAUUGACAUUGAUAGAUGUGUGGCAAGAAGCUUGUGGGGGACUAGGAGGAAAGUAUCCUCAGUAUUUUGCUGCAUAUAAUGAUUUAAGGGCUUCUGGGGUUGAUUUUCCACCACGAGAGGAGAAUUCUGUGUCGUUCUUCACUUCUCCUCCGACCCAACCAACAGUUUCCCAUUCUUCAACAUUUCAGAAUCCUACUUCUCUUCAAGCUCGUCUUGAUUCUGAUGCUUCUGGCCUCAGCAUGACGGAAUUGCAGAAUGCAAGUGGAAUAGCAGAUGUCUUAUUGGAAAUGCUUCGUGCCCUUGAUCCCAAGACUCCUGAGGGUUUGAAGCAAGAAUUGAUCGUUGACCUUGUUAACCAGUGCAAAUCUUACCAAUCCCGCAUCAUGGAUCUCGUGAACAACACUGUAGAUGAGCCACUCCUGUGUCAGGGGCUCACAUUAAACGAUAAUCUUCAACGGGCAAUUAGCUUGCAUGAUGACAUUGCAAAAGGGACUUAUUCUGAGGAACCUGCUAAGACUCCUGCAAAUCCUCUUGUCAAUAUACAUCGUGAAAAUGAUGAUGAGGAUGAGGACGAUGACUUUGCCCAGCUAACUCGCAGAUCAACAAGAGACAAUGGACAGAAGCAACCUGUGACUGCUGCAAAAGCAGAGCCCCCAAGAAUGGUCAGACCGUUUCUGCCACCUCCGCCACCGUCGAAGAACCCAAUUAUUAAACACACUGACAUGAUCGACUAUCUCAGUGGCGAUUCUUAUAAACUCGAAGGAUCUUCAGGUCCUAACCUUUCAUCCAGCACGACCUUCUCUCCAUCCUCAAAUCCUGCUCCUCCUUCCUCCAAAAACUCUGAGCUGCCGGGGGACCUCAUGGACCCACCCGUGUUCGAUGAACCCAGUGCCGUAGAUAAUAACCCGAGAGAAGAAUUACUUGGGCAGCAAGUAGCUUCUUCUGCGGGAAACCAUCCUCAUCUGAAUGUCCAGUCGGGGUCGACUUCCUCGUAUGACAGCUUGUUGGACCAGACUCAAAAUCUGUCCCUUAAGCCAUCGGUUCCUGCUAAACAAGAGAAGCUUGAAGAAAAUGCACUCUUUGGAGAUCUUUUGGAUAUUACAAAAGUGAAAUUGAAACCCGAUAGGAAGUGAGUAUUCAGAUCCACUGUGUAGAUCCAUGUAUGGAUGACCGUUCGGAAUUCGUGUUCGUUUGUCCAGGCAGGUUGUCAACUGUUUCUUGUUGUGUAACUUUCUUUGUGACGUUCGAUAAACCUUUGGUCAUGGUUGGUUUGUUCAUGCGAUUGCAUUGAGAUGAACUGCUGUGUAUGAUUUUCUGCAUCAUAAUGAUAAGUCACACUUGCAUUCAAACAA